CAAAUUUUAAUCCCCAUGGAAAAUAUGCAGUCAGAAAACAAGCCCAAAUCCAGGCGCAAAUUCAUUCUCCUGUCGGCAUUAUCUUCUCUGCUACUUGUCGCUGUUGUUUCUGUCGCCGCCGUACAAUCCCACAAGCAUGCCUCCAUCCACGGCGCCGGGGUUGCUAAAUACAGUGUCAGCCACUACUCGGUGGUCAAGUCAACCUGCUCCGUCACGCUGUACCCGGAGCUCUGCAUUUGGACGAUCCAGGAGGCGGCUCCGGCCGCCAGCAUGAAGAGCAGCAGGGACGUUUUGAUAACCGCCCUCAACUACACAAUCUACACUGUGGAGCGGAACUACUUCACCGUCAAGAAAGUGGGGUCCACCCGGAGCAAGUCGCUGACGGCGCGUGAGAAGGGCGCGCUCCACGACUGCCUGGAAGUUAUCGAUGACACCCUGGAGGAGCUCCGGGACACGGAAAUGGAGCUCAAGGACUAUGGAUACAAGAACUACACCAUCGCCGACCACAAGGAGAAAAUCAUGUCCCUCUUGAGCGCGGCGCAGACAAACCAGGAAUCCUGCCUGGACGGAUUCUCCCACUACAACGCCGAUAAGGUUGUCCGGAAAGUUCUGCUCGCCGGUCAGAAGCACGUGUUCAAGCUCGUGAGCAAUGUGCUCGCCAUAAUCAAGAACCUGGCCGAUACUGAAAUGGCCCAGUUGAAUUCUUCGCCGGCGGCGGAGGGGAGGAGGCUUGGGGAGGAGAGUUCCGGUGAGUGGCCGGAAUGGAUGUCGGCCGGAGAUAGGAGGCUGCUUCAGUCAUCGACUGUGACACCUGAUGUGACGGUGGCGGCUGACGGGAGUGGGAAUUUCAGAACUAUUGCUGCGGCGGUGGCGGCGGCGCCGGAGAGAAGUACUAGGAGGUAUGUGAUUAGGAUAAAAGCUGGGGUUUACAGAGAGAAUGUGGAGAUUUCGAGAAGGAAGACUAAUUUAAUGUUCGUCGGAGAUGGACGGUCGACCACCAUUAUUACCGGCAGCCGGAAUGUAGUUGAUGGCAGCACCACCUUCAAUUCCGCCACUGUUGCGGUUAUCGGCGACGGAUUUCUUGCACGUGACAUAACAUUUCAGAACACCGCCGGACCGUCAAAGCACCAGGCGGUGGCGCUGCGGGUCAACGCCGACCUCUGCGCCUUCUACCGCUGCGACAUGCUUGCAUAUCAGGACACCCUAUACGUCCACUCCCUCCGCCAGUUCUACACCGGCUGCCUCAUCGCCGGAACCGUCGACUUCAUCUUCGGCAACGCCGCCGCCGUACUCCAGAACUGCGACAUCCACGCCCGCCGUCCCAACUCCGGCCAGCGGAACAUGGUCACCGCCCAGGGCCGAGACGACCCCAACCAGAACACCGGAAUUGUUAUCCAGAAGUGCAGAAUCGGCGCCACCUCCGACCUCCGCCCCGUCCAGAGCAGCUUUCCGACGUACCUUGGACGGCCGUGGAAGGAAUAUUCGAGGACCGUCGUUAUGCAGAGUGAGAUAAGCAACGUUAUUAAUCCGGCGGGGUGGUUCAUGUGGGAUGGGAAUUUCGCGCUCAACACUCUGUUCUAUGCGGAGUAUCAGAACACCGGCGCCGGCGCUGGAACGGGGAGCAGGGUGACGUGGAGGGGGUUCAGGGUGCUGACUAGUGCUUCUCAGGCGACGCCUUUUACGGCGGGGAAUUUUAUCGGCGGCGGGAAUUGGUUGUCGGCUACUGGCUUUCCGUUUUCUCUUGGCCUUUAAUUAAUCUCCGAGGAAUGGAGUGUUGUUUUGUGCUUUUAUUAUUGUUUUUUUUUUUUUUUGGUCUCCAAUUUGUAUUUCUGUGAAUAAUCCGGUCUAGUGAUAUUAAGACCGGUCCAUUUUGGAAUUUUCUCAAUAAGAAAAUGAUUGUUUUAAUUUUGUGUU